UACAGGCUAUAAUUUUGGUGUCAUUACAUGUCAAUCGUGUAAAGCAUUUUUCCGGAGAAGUGCCCAUAAAUUGAAUACAAUACAGAGUCGUAAGUGUGGAUUUGGAAACAAUUGUGAUAUAAAUGUCUUAAACAGAAGAUAUUGCCAAAAAUGUCGACUCAAUAAAUGUUUUGCCGUAGGAAUGAGAAAGGAAAGGAUUCUCAAUGAAAAGGAAAAGUUUUUAAUGCGAAAGAAAAUCGAGGAAAACAGGAUUAAGAGACUAAACAUGGGGUCAGACACCAAACUAAUUGAACCUACAGUUAGACCAGAAUCUGUUGGAAAUACAUUUAAUUCAGACGAGGAGUUCAUGAUACACUCGACCAUAAACUUUGACUCAUAUAUAAACAAGAUCAUUGCCGCCAUUACGAGUUUAAAGGGUUUCCAAGACAUUUGCCCCGACGACCAAUUAACCUUGGUCAAAUAUGGCUGCAUUGAAAUCAAAAUGUUGAGGGCAAUCAUAUUCUAUCGUUACGAAUACCAGUGUUGGGUUGUCGAGGUACAUAUACAUUUUUAA